AUGUCUGCACACACACGUCUCAUCGACGCGUUCAGUACGUCCAGCACUCCGCUUCGCAACUGCACCUCUGCAGUCACUGUUGACAGCUGUGGCUCUGAUAUGCAGUCUCACGACGUACCUCGGACUCUCACACGUGUACACACAGUGCACUCUCCUCCUGUUCACGUCCAUCUCGGACCUCCGGACUCCGAAGCCCUUCAUGAAGCGCGCAGUAAUAUCGAAGUGCAUGGGCGUCGCGACGACCAACGGACUCCUGAAUAUCCUGCUCUGCACAUUGUCACUGACAUAUCCACCUCUGUGACAUCCCGAGCUCCGACUACUCUGCGACGCUGCAGUAAGCUUGGCAGACCUGUCCUUGGUGUGCGGUUCGUAUGCUCGCAUAUGGUAGUAUGGUGCCGGUGGCAGCAGGCUGCUCAGGGCACCGUGCUUGCUAUCAUGGCUCCUCCCACUGUAGUCCAGUCUCCCACACCACGUAACAACGUUUUCAUUGACAACAUCAUUCGCCUGGAGAACAUCUCCGAUUGGAGCGGCUUCAGUGUCGUGAAGAAGGCGCCAGUCCCCAUGAGAGACACUGGGAGUUCGUACAUCCCUGUCGAGUUCUCGUAUCAGGGGAAGACUGCCUCUAACUUCACUGUGACUGCAGUCGUGCAGUACGGUGGUACCAACGCUGAUGGUAAGCCUUACGUGAUAGUCGGUAUAGACGAGAGGAUCAUCGGCAACGUCAUCAACGGUAGUAGGUUCAAGCGUCCAGACUUCGGUGGACACGUCACUGGCGGGCAUGCAGUGUUCCGCAUGGACAUCGGGAAUGGUUGGGACUCCUUCGUGUGGAAGGGUGCGAACGGAAAGCCGGACAAGUCUUCCUCUGCACCUGACUUCUUCAGGAACGGAGGCACGUUCCGCGCAGUCAUGAAGGGGUGGGCGAAGGAGUCCCCCUCGAAGCAUUCCUUCGCUCCUGGCUUGACGCAGAUCCUCUUCGUUAAGAAGUCCACUACCGUCCUGCCUACGUACGUCGGCUCCUCGGGUCCGUCCAUCGAGACCUUCAUCGAGGACUUCGAGUCGCUCAGCGUGUAG